GCCAUUUUACGCUAAUUUUACACAAAAUUAAACGCUUCACUCACCUGGAUUUUAACGUGACAUUUCCGGGAGGAUUGUCGGUUUCACGCGUUGCUGUGUGAACAGAAAAAGAACAGAGUCUUGAAGCUGAAUUAUUGGGUCGAUAUGGACUAUGAACUGAGAGGCGGGCGAGGUGAUCGCAUAGGUCGCUAUGGCAACAUGAACAAUGACCACAACUUUCGGGACAUGGACUAUCGAGAUUAUGAAGAGGAUGAGGAGGCAGGAGCAGAGGAUGAUGGAGUAUACAGCCACCACGAGGGGCCACCGGGUGUACCUGAUUUCUCAGCUGGUUUUCCCCAAGAUGGUGUACGAUUUCACCACCGAGGGAAUGGCAGAGGCAACAUCAGGAGGGAUAGGAAAGGCCACAUGUGGCCCCCUUUUGCUCAUUCACACCCUGCUGUGGCCCAUCUCAUCCACCAGAGAGAGAGUGGACCGAGGUCUGAGCCACCACAUGUGUUUUUUCAUGAAAGGGGUCGACAAAAAGGUGGAAGAGGCUUUUUGGAAAAAAAUGCUUCACGCUCAGAAGGUAGGAUGGGCAACUGGGAUCCCGCUGAUACCCAUCCUGAGCAGAUGGAGUUUGGCGCAGGUAGACGGAGGGAGGAGGACAGGUUCUUACGUGGAGCUGGACGGAGGAGGACUUUCCCAGUGACAGCAGAGGAGCAUGGAUGUGGAAAUAUGAUCCAAGACCUGUCAGCUGAGGAUCUGGAUCCAAGGGACCAGGACUACCGUAUCGAUUUGGAUCACAACGAGAGGCCCAGUAACAUUAUCAUGCUUCGCAUGCUUCCACACAGUGCUACAGCCAAUGAGAUCCGAACACAACUCCAGGAGCAGGGAAUCCAGCCAAGAGAGGUUCGGCUUAUGAGGAAUAAAUCUUCAGGUCAGAGCCGAGGAUUCGCCUUCGUCGAGUUUAAUCUCAUACAGGAGGCCACGCGCUGGAUGGAGACCAACCAGGGAAUGUUGCUGAUCCUGGGACAGAGAGUGUCGAUGCACUACAGUGACCCCAAACCGCGGGCCAACGAGGACUGGCUCUGCAACAAGUGUGGUGUGCAAAACUUUAAAAGAAGGGAGAAGUGCUUCAAGUGCGGCGUGCCUAAAUCAGAGGCUGAGCUGAAGUUGCCACAGGCGCAGAGGGAUUUGCCUGUCAGUCAUCAGAAGGAAGGAGCCCAAGGUUUACUGCCUCUACCGACAUCCUACCACACAACUGGUCCCAGUGUCCCGCCGGGCCAUGCUGCCCAGCAGGCUGAUGUUGCUAAUGACACUCUGAUUCUAAGAAACCUUGGUCCUCAUACUUCAGUGGAAGCCAUUUUGUCUGCUUUGACUCCAUUUGCCACUCUCUCCCCUUCCAAUGUUCGUCUAAUCAAAGACAAGCACACACACCUCAACAGAGGCUUUGCCUUUCUGCAACUCUCUACAAUAGUGGAGGCUUCUCAGCUGCUCCAGAUCCUGCAGGCUCUCCAGCCACCUCUGUCUGUCGAUGGCAAAGUUGUUGUGGUGGAAUAUGCCAAAGGCUCCAAGCGUGAUGUCUUUGCAACAGACAGUAGCAGAGUGAGCGCUGCUACAGUGGCCAGCACAGCUAUAGCUGCUGCACAGUGGGCCGUCACUCAGAACGCAUCAGGGCAGGAUGUAGAUGCAGCAGUCUGUCAGCAGGGGGCAGCAGUAACCUACAGUCAGGAAGGACUCAAGUAUUCUGGACCAGACAACAUGACAGACUCCAGGGUUGCUGCCUUGUCGAUUGCAGGAGCGUCUUUAAAUGGGGCAUACCCGGGAGGAGGGACCACAGCUGUCACUUCAUUGGAGGCAUUAAAGUCUGGUUCAGCAGCUGUGCAGCACUCUCUCAUUCACCCGCAAGAGGCUCUUGUCACCCCAGCCACCACACAGGUUGAGAUAGUGGGAAAACCACAACCAGCUACUUCUAGCCAACCUGCAACUCCGGGUACUGAACAUGAGCUAAAACAGUACCCUGUUCCAGAUGUGUCUACAUAUCAGUAUGAUGAAAGCUCUGGUUAUUAUUAUGACCCAUUGACAGGACUUUACUAUGACGCAAAUUCUCAGUAUUACUACAACUCUCACUCUCAGCAGUACAUGUACUGGGAUGGAGAGAAGCACACUUAUAUUCCUGCUUCCAACCAGUCCGACUGUGAAGGUGCUCAAACAAAAGAUGGUGCAGCCUCUUCAGACUCGGCUCCAUCUUCCUCAGGAAGCAAGGAGAAAAAGGACAAACCAAAGAGUAAAACUGCUCAACAGAUUGCCAAAGAUAUGGAGCGUUGGGCUAAGAGUCUCAACAGACAAAAGGAAAACAUGCGCUCUGUCUCUUCGUCCCCUGCCGCUGGCCCUUCUGCUAACACACGAGCACCUGGGCAAAGUUUAUUGGAUGACUACAGAGAAUCUGCAAGCGCUGAUGCAGGCUAUGCAGUUCUGGAGAAAAAGGGCGCACUGUCUGAAAGGCCACAGAGCUUCCUAGACCAGAUUCGACUAAGUACAGAAUCGCCUCCUCGGCAGUCUGGUCUCGUCCCGGCGUACAGUGCAGAAAGUGACAGCGAAGAUGAAGGAGGCGACAAAGAUGAGAAGGAAGGGAAAAUGACAGACUGGGUUAAACUGGCUUGUCUGCUGUGCAGAAGGCAGUUCCCAAGCAAAGAAGCUCUCAUCAGGCACCAGCAGCUCUCUGAACUGCACAAGCAAAACUUGGAGCAGAGAAAAGGUCAGAUGGAAGCUCUUGGCGUAGAGAGACGAGCCGAUGGAUCUCCUGAAACUAAGAAGAGAAAGUUUAGCCCUGUUGAUGGAAUCACAGGCACUAGUCUUGGUGCAAGGAUGCUGCAAGGAGGCAUGAAAAAAGGACUUUUGUUGCGCAACAAGCAAGUGGAGUGACCACAUUCUUUAAACUUCCUGACCCAGAAAACACCGUAACCCACAUACAAUUCUUCACUGUUGACAUCUUUAAUAAAACCUAAUUUUGGGUAGAAAUUAUAAUUACCUCAACAGUGGUAAUGCUCGGUGGUGGUAAUCCCAUGGACAUAUCCUCCUGUAGCAGUAGAUAUUGGAAUAUUGCACAAAUUGCA